AUGUCGACCCCGAAGAACACUCCACAGGAGAUUCCUCGCCUCAGCCGAUCCGGGGCAGCCCUCACCUCCGCCGAGCGGUGGCAAGCCGUCACCAGGCGGGAUGCAUCCAUCGGAGGCUUUGUCUACGGUGUCCUCACAACAAAGAUCUACUGCCGGCCAUCGUGUCCGGCACGCCUGGCCCGUCGCGCAAACGUUGAAUUUUACGACACCCCCUCACAAGCCGAGGCCGCCGGACUCCGACCCUGUAAGCGCUGCAAGCCACAAUGCGACCUCAUGGCGGCGGCAGACUCCCAAGCGACAAUGGUCGAUAAGGCAUGCGAGAUGAUACAGGAGGCACUAGCAGCGGGGUCGAAACCCAGACUGCAAGAUCUGGCGGCUCGGGCAGGCCUGACCACGAGCCACUUCCACCGCGUGUUCAAGAAGAAGACAGGCCUCACGCCAGGUCAGUAUGCGAGUGGAAUCCUCCAAGGGGCCCCAGAGAGUUCGCCAGGCUCCUUGAGCCCUGACACUGUGUCUAUGCUUGAACCGCCCCACUUGGGUUUCGUGGAUGAAAGCAGAAUGGAACUGGAUAUGGGUGCGGGUGCGAGCCUUGCGCUGCCGGAAGCUGGUCUGUCGGCGGCUGCGUGUGAACCUGUUAUGGGGGAUUGGUGGAAUGAAUUUGAUGUCCUGCUGGCUGCUGAGCAAGGGCAGAUAUCGCUGCUUGAGCCGUUCUCUAUCGACCCCCGGAUCAUCUCAGCGGAGUGA